UUGACAGUAAUAAUCAGAGUGGUCAUCGAAACCUAGCAUUUACCAAACACAUUUUCUUGAGCGAUGUUUAUAAUUCCAUCUAUAAAUAAUUAAAAAACAACAGAAGCAAGCCAAAUAGGCGUCAUUCUCGGCAGCUUACUUUUGGAGCCGGGGCUCUAAAAGUAAAUGAAAACAGUGACUCGUUCAAUCUCAUUAACUAUAAAAUCAUAUACUCCUGACGCUAUACCGAUCUCAGCAAAAAACAAAAAUAAAGAUUCAAAGUUAUCAUGUCCGCCCGUGCUAUUACCAUUAUUUUCUCUCCCUAUCAUGUUGGCCUUCGUGAUCACCGUGUAGGCAAUGGUCCUAAGCGAAUUCGAUCGCUGGGAUUAGUUCAAAAACUAGAACGGCUGGGUGCCAAGGUUGAGUUGAAGGAAAUUAAUCGCGUGGAUGACUUUGAGGGUGAAAUCGGCCGCAGUUUUGAGAUUAUGCGUCGUACAUCGCUUGCAGUUACCGAGGCCGUCGCCAAGAAUACGUUUCCCCUAAUUCUUUCUGGCAACUGCAUGGCUAGCGCUGCUGUCGCAUGUGGGCUGAAAAUUAAGGAUUUAGCAUUCAUUUACUUUGAUGCUCAUGACGAUCUUGACUCUCCUGACGUCAACGAAAACGGCUAUUUUGAUGCCAUGGGUUUGUCUAUGCUCCGGGGAGAAAGCUGGAAGACGUUAAUGAAAACUGUACCUGGAUUUGAGCCAUUUGACUAUCACCGGUUCCUUUACUGUGGUCUACGCGACCAAUCUGAGGUUCAGCGACAACGUGUAAUAGAUGCUGGUAUGGAGUGUAUUUGGGGUGACACCUCGAGAAAAGUGGAUUUCGCCCACGAUCUCAAUACCCAACUUGAACGGCGAUCAUACAGUCCGGCUCUGAUUCAUAUGGAUUUGGAUGUCUUGGACGAGUCGUGCGGAAAAGUUAACGAUUACCCAUCCCCUGGUGGUUUACUUGAAUCCGAUUUGAUUGCCUGCAUGAACUUGGUACCCCAGAAGUGUACCCCUAAAUCACUUACGGUUAGUUCAUUUGACCCCGACGCUGGUGACGGUGAUAAGAUUGCUCAGAUUGCGAUUCGAGCUAUCAGUACCUUUGUCCAGUCAUUGAUGGAAACUGGUGUUUUGUCAAAAGCCGGAACAGUCAGCAGUGAGUAACAUCUUGCGUAUAUCUUGCUGCUGCAUUGUAGUUUGUUCUUGUAGUUUUGCCUUUAACGAAUAGAAGAAGCGUUAUGAAUUGCACGAAGUGUACACCCAAGGUAAGAGUCGGCCAAAAAGGUUGAGAGCUGAAAGCCCGACAGAGUCGACCAAAUCGAGUCAAAAAGCAUUUGUUUUAUUCAUUAUUUUAAUACUCUUUAAUUAAAUGAAGAAUAUUCUCGUAAUA